AACCCAGUUCUGAUUUUCUGUGCGUGUUGCAGGCUUUAGGCCUACAUAAAUCAAAGAGAAAUCCAGCCCAAACCAAACCUGUACGAUCCCAAACAUGCUGUAUUUACCCUCCUACACGGCAGGUCAAGUUUCAAAGUUUCCCUCUCCGGGUUACAUGAAACACAACAAAUAUUGACUGGGGCCAAGCGUCUAUCAGCACUCGGUGGAUUUUUAACCCUCAUUUUGGGAUCUCUCUGCUCCUGCUUCAGUCCCGGCUGAAGGACUGUAUCUGUGAGUGUCAAACCUCGGCCACCACAUACAGGCCUGGAACCAUGAGACGCCUGGCUCUCCUCCUAAGCCUGCUGGUCCUACACCAAGCCCACUGCUUUGAGUUUGUGGUAGAGGGAGAGUGGGAGACGGAAACGUCAUUAGAGGAACAACAUGGACGAUUUAGGAGGGCGAUAUUGACCAGUGAGGAGCAGGAAGACUUUGAGGCCAUCCGGGGUGAUGACAUUACAGUUAAGAGCUACAAGAUGGAGAGCCGCAUCACGUCGCGGUUCUGCCACACCACGGUCAAGAGCUCUGUGAUCAACUCUGGUCCAAAUGCCCAGAGCAUUGGCUUCAAUGUCCAGAUCCCCAAACGAUCCUUCAUCACCAACUUCACCAUGAAUGUGAAUGGGAUAACGUUUGUGGGCUCAGUGAAGGAGAAGACUGUGGCUAGGAACCUCUACGCUCAGGCUAGAGCCAGAGGGAAGGCUGCAGGCAUCGUCAGGGCUAACUCACAGGACAUGGAGACCUUUAAGACGGAGGUCCACGUGCCUCCCGGCAGUAAGAUAGAGUUUGAGUUGCACUACCAGGAAAUGAUGCAGAGGAAGCUGGGCUUCUAUGAACACUCACUACACCUGCAGCCCGGACGACUGGUGCCCCACUUCCAGGUGGAUGUGUAUAUCUAUGAGCCCAAUGGCAUCGCCUCUGUGGAGACACCCAACACAUUGGGAGAGCAUUUCAGCGGCAUGGCCAAACUCACCUCCUCUAAGGACAAGGCUCACGUGGUGUUCAAGCCCUCGCUCCAGCAGCAGAGGAAGUGUGAGAACUGCACCACCACCGCUAUCGAUGGCAUCUUUACCGUCAAAUACGACGUCCUGAGAGACAGCAAUGCCGGGGAACUACAUGUUUCUGAUGGGCAUUUUGUGCAUUUCUUCGCCCCGACGAACCUCUCCCCCCUUCCUAAAAACAUUGUGUUCGUCAUUGACGUCAGUGGAUCUAUGUGGGGAGUCAAGAUGAAGCAGACUGUGGAGGCUAUGCAGACCAUAUUAGAUGACCUGACUAUGGAUGACUACUUCAGCAUUGUUGACUUCAACCACAACGUGCGCUGCUGGAGUGAGGAGCUGGUUCCAGGCAGCACCAUACAGGUGGCUGAGGCCAAGAAAUACAUCCAGAACAUCAAACCCAAUGGAGGCACCAAUAUCAACGAGGCGUUGCUGAGGGCGGUGCAGAUGCUGGUGAAGGCGUCCAAUCAGGGCAUGAUCGACCCACGCUCAGUCUCCAUGAUCAUGCUGGUGUCUGAUGGAGACCCCACUGUCGGAGAGAUCAAGCUCAGCACCAUCCAGAAGAAUGUGAAGAAGGUCAUGAGGGAGGAGUUCUCUAUCUUCUCACUAGGCAUCGGCUUCGAUGUCGACUACGACUUCCUGGAACGCAUCGCCAUGGAGAACAGGGGCGUGGCCCAGAGGAUCUACACCAGCCAUGAUGCCUCAGAGCAGCUACGGCGGUUCUACAGCCAGAUCUCGUCUCCACUCCUGAGGAAGAUCACGGUUCAGUUCCCAGAGGACUCUGUCUCUGACGUCACCCAGAACCACUUCGACAAGUACUUCAGUGGCUCAGAGCUGGUGGUGGCUGGGAAGGUGCUGCCCUCUGAGUCCAAUACUCUAAACAGCUUCACCACCGCAUCCGCUGAUCGUCUGGACCUGUCCCUGCAGACUGAAGCAGACUACCUGGAGCUAGACGCUGCGCUGGCCCAGCAACAGCAUGCCUUCACUGGCUUCGCCAGACAGAUGUGGGCCUACAUCACUGUCAACCAGCUACUGGCUGAGAGGUCCCUGGCCCCCACUGCUGGUAAGAAGAGGAAGAUCACCCAGAGGAUCCUGACCCUGGCUGUGGAACACCAGUUUGUUACGCCCCUCACUGCCCUACUGGUGGAGAGUGAGGAGGCCAAGGAGAAGCUGCUCGCUGACUCCCCGAAGGACCCCAAACAGGGCUGCUGUGGAGGAGGAUCUGGAUCUGGUAUGACUGCUCUCGGAGGAAGGACUCCAGUGCAGGUGGUUCACAGCAUCCCCCCCUGGGUCCAGUUGACCACCCCUGCCCCCCCUAGCCACGCCGAGAGGCCCCUACCAGAUCACAUCACCAUAGUGGAGAACGACCCUCACUUCAUCGUCCACCUGCCUAAAAACAACAUGGACGUCUGCUUCAACAUCGACUCAGAGCCUGGACACAUCCUCAACCUGGUGUCAGACCCCGGUGCAGGUGUGGUGGUGAAUGGCCAGCUGGUUGGCUCUAAGAGGGUGGAGAUGAAGGAGAAGGAGAAGGUGAACACGUACUUUGGCACCAUCUCAGUGUUCUACCAGCCUGACGGCAUCAGGGUGUCAGUCAGCACUGACCGUAUCGUCCUGACUGACGACAGAAACAACCACUCCUUCAGCUGGGGAGCCAAGACCGACAUCACCCAGGACAGGGUGAAGGUUUCAAUAGUGAAGGACUCCAAGGUGAUGGUGACGGUGGAUGACAAGAUCACUGUGAUGGUGCUGCUACAUCGUGUGUGGAAGAAACACCCAACCCACGUGGACUUCCUGGGCCUCUAUAUCCCCAACAACAACCAGUACUCCUCUCAGGCCCACGGCCUUAUAGGUCAGUUUGGCCAGGAGCCAGAGGUGAGGGUGUUUAACCUGCACCAGGGAGCUGACCCUCUGAAGAAGGAGGCCACUAUGGAGGUGAAGGGCAACAAGCUGGUCGUCACCAGGGGCUGGCAGAAGGACUACAGGCAGGAUAAUAAACGGGGAUCUGUCGUCUUCUGCUGGUUCAUCCACAACAGUGGCAAAGGCUUCAUCGACGGCCAUUACACCAACUACAUCGUCCCACGACUCGACAGCUUUCUGCCGCUCCCACUCUGAGCGACCAAUCGCAAGGCACACAGGGGUACCAUGUAACCCAGGCAGUCAGAGACAGGGUGUAGUUAUAGGGGAUAUUCUACGGUACAGGAGACAUAUAUGCAGCCAAUCUGAAUACAGACACAUAUGUUAUUACCUGUUUUCAUAUCACAUCUGUCUGACAACUCUCACGGUUUAUAAAAAGCUAAGGAAAAAGCUGUAGCAGUAUGUAUAGAAGUGUGAAUGUUUCAUUAUUUUCAUGAAGACUACGAUGCCAGCUUUGAACUUUGUGUACACACACACACAGAUUUCUUAACCAGAACAUUCUAAUGACUGUUGUAUUACUCAGACCUCACCUGACAUGGCAAAAUCCAAAUGUUUUUCAAUCAAUCAUUGUAUCAAACAUUUCAUAGGUCAAUUGUGUUGUACUUUAUUCAAUAAAAUAAUACAACAUUACAAUUUAA